UCCGCGCGGAGCUCGGGCCGGCGCUUCUUCCUGCGGGAAACCCCUGGGUGCCCGGGCUGCAGGGCCGAGGCCGCGGCGACAGGGGGCGGGGCCUUGCGGUGGGAGGAGGCGGCCCAGGCGGAAGGACACACGAGGCUGCUUCGCUGCACACCCGAGAAAGUUUCAGCCAAACUUCGGGCGGCGGCCGGCGAGCGGCGGAGUCGCGGCGCAGGCAGUCGAGGCGCAGACGCCUGAGCUUCGGAACGCAGCGCCGGGCCGGAGACGCAGCGGCAGCAGGGGAGGAGGGAGCGCGGCUUCUCGGUCGGGACCCCUCCCCAUGUGGAUCUGCCCCGGCGGCGGCGGCGGCGGGGGCGGAGGAGGAGGCGACCGGGAAGAUGCCCGCCCUGCGCCCCGCUCCGCUGUGGGCGCUCCUGGCGCUGUGGCUGUGGCGCGCGGACCCCGCGCGCGAUGUCCAGAAGGCUUCUUGGGAGAAUAUUGUCAACAUCGAGAUCCCUGUGAGAAGAAUCGCUGCCAGAAUGGUGGGACCUGUGUGGCCCAGGCCAUGCUGGGGAUAGCUACCUGCCGGUGCUCUCUGGGGUUCACAGGGGAGGACUGCCAGUACUCCACCUCUCACCCGUGCUUUGUGACUCCUCCCUGCCAGAAUGGAGGCACCUGCCACAUGCUCAGCCGGGAUACCUAUGAGUGUACCUGCCAAGUUGGGUUUACAGGGAAGCUGUGCCAGUGGACUGAUGCCUGCCUGUCUCAUCCCUGUGCAAAUGGAAGUACCUGCACCACUGUGGCCAACCAGUUCUCCUGCAGAUGCCUUGCUGGCUUCACAGGGCAGAAGUGUGAGACUGAUGUCAAUGAGUGUGACAUUCCAGGACAGUGCCAGAAUGGUGGCACCUGCCUCAACCUGCCUGGUUCCUACCAGUGCCAGUGCUCCCCGGGCUUCACAGGCCAGCACUGUGACAGCCCCUAUGUGCCCUGUGCGCCCUCUCCCUGUGUCAAUGGAGGCACUUGCCGGCAGACUGGCGACUUUACUUUCGAGUGUAGCUGCCUUCCAGGUUUUGAAGGGAGCACCUGUGAGCGGAAUGUUGAUGACUGCCCCAACCACAGGUGUCAGAAUGGAGGGGUUUGUGUGGAUGGUGUCAACACUUACAACUGCCGUUGCCCUCCUCAGUGGACAGGACAAUUCUGCACAGAGGACGUGGAUGAGUGCCUACUGCAGCCCAACGCCUGUCAGAAUGGAGGCACCUGCACCAACCGCAAUGGGGGCUAUGGCUGUGUGUGUGUGAACGGCUGGAGUGGAAAUGACUGCAGUGAGAACAUCGAUGACUGUGCCUUUGCAUCCUGCACCCCAGGCUCCACCUGCAUUGAUCGUGUGGCCUCCUUCUCCUGCAUGUGUCCUGAGGGGAAGGCAGGUCUUUUAUGUCAUCUGGAUGAUGCCUGCAUCAGUAAUCCUUGCCACAAGGGGGCACUGUGUGACACCAACCCUCUGAAUGGGCACUACAUUUGUACCUGCCCACAGGGCUACAAAGGAGCCGACUGUACAGAAGACGUGGAUGAAUGUGCCAUGACCAACAGCAAUCCUUGUGAGCAUGCAGGAAAGUGUGUAAACACAGAUGGUGCCUUCCACUGUGAGUGUCUGAAGGGCUAUGCAGGGCCUCGCUGUGAGAUGGACAUCAAUGAAUGUCACUCAGACCCGUGCCAGAACGAUGCCACCUGCCUGGAUAAGAUAGGUGGCUUCACCUGCCUAUGCAUGCCAGGUUUCAAAGGUGUGCAUUGUGAAAUAGAGAUAAAUGAAUGCCAGAGCAACCCCUGUGUGAACAAUGGGCAGUGUGUGGAUAAAGUCAAUCGCUUCCAGUGCCUGUGUCCUCCUGGUUUCACAGGGCCAGUCUGCCAGAUUGACAUCGACGACUGUUCCAGUACUCCGUGUCUGAAUGGGGCUAAGUGUAUCGAUCACCCGAAUGGCUAUGAAUGCCAGUGUGCCACAGGUUUCACUGGUCUGUUGUGUGAGGAAAACAUUGACAACUGUGACCCCGACCCCUGCCACCAUGGCCAGUGUCAGGAUGGGAUCGAUUCCUACACAUGCAUCUGCAACCCUGGGUACAUGGGUGCCAUCUGCAGUGACCAGAUUGAUGAGUGUUAUAGCAGUCCAUGCCUCAACGAUGGGCGCUGCAUUGACCUAGUGAAUGGCUACCAGUGCAACUGCCAGCCUGGCACGUCAGGAGUUAACUGUGAAAUUAAUUUUGAUGACUGUGCUAGCAACCCUUGUGUCCAUGGCGUGUGUGUGGACGGCAUCAGUCGUUACAGUUGUGUCUGCUCUCCAGGAUUCACAGGGUUAAGAUGUAACAUUGACAUCGAUGAGUGUGCCUCCAAUCCCUGCCACAAGGGUGCAACGUGCAUCAAUGACGUGAACGGUUUCCGCUGCAUAUGCCCUGAAGGUCCCCAUCACCUCAGCUGCUACUCGCAGGUGAAUGAGUGCCUGAGCAACCCCUGCCUCCACGGGAACUGUACUGGGGGCCUCAGUGGAUAUAAGUGCCUCUGUGAUGCGGGCUGGGUUGGAAUCAACUGUGAAGUGGACAAAAAUGAAUGUCUUUCUGACCCAUGCCAGAAUGGAGGCACUUGUGAUGAUCUGAUGAAUGGAUACAAGUGCACUUGCAAGAAGGGCUUUAAAGGCUACAACUGCCAGGUGAACAUUGAUGAAUGUGCCUCAAAUCCAUGUCUGAACCAAGGAACCUGCUUUGAUGAUAUUAGUGGCUAUACUUGCCAAUGUGAGCUGCCCUACACAGGCAAGAACUGUCAAAUGGUGUUGGCUCCCUGUUCCCCAAAUCCUUGUGAGAAUGCUGCUAUUUGUAAAGAGGCACCAAAUUUUGAGAGUUACACUUGCUUGUGUGCUCCUGGCUGGCAAGGUCAGCGAUGUACGAUUGACAUUGAUGAAUGUGUCUCCAAGCCCUGCAUGAACCAUGGUCUCUGCCAUAACACCCAGGGAAGUUACAUGUGUGAGUGCCCCCCGGGCUUCAGCGGUAUGGACUGUGAGGAGGACAUCGAUGACUGCCUUGCCAAUCCUUGCCAGAAUGGAGGUUCCUGUGUGGAUAGAGUAAAUACUUUCUCCUGCAUGUGCCUUCCUGGCUUCAAUGGGGAUAAGUGCCAGACAGACAUGAAUGAGUGUCUCAGUGAACCCUGUAAGAAUGGAGGGACCUGCUCUGACUAUGUCAACAGUUACACCUGCAAGUGCCAGGCCGGAUUUGAUGGAGUGCACUGUGAGAACAACAUCGAUGAGUGCACUGAGAGCUCCUGUUUCAAUGGUGGCACCUGUGUGGAUGGGAUUAACUCCUUCUCUUGCUUGUGCCCUGUGGGCUUCACCGGUCCCUUCUGCCUCCACGAGAUCAAUGAAUGCAGCUCUCAUCCAUGCCUAAAUGAGGGGACAUGUGUUGAUGGCCUGGGCACAUACCGCUGCACCUGUCCCUUGGGCUACACUGGGAAGAACUGCCAGACCCUAGUGAACCUCUGCAGUGAGUCUCCAUGUAAAAACAAAGGCACUUGCAUUCAGGAAAAGGCGGAGUCCCGGUGCCUAUGUCCAUCUGGAUGGACUGGUGCAUAUUGUGAUGUGCCCAAUGUCUCCUGUGAUGUGGCAGCCUUCAACAAAGGUGUGCUUGCCAAGAACCUGUGCAAGAACUCAGGUGCCUGCAUCAACGCUGGCAACACGCAUCACUGCCAGUGCCCACUGGGGUACACGGGAAGCUAUUGUGAGCAGCAGCUGGAUGAGUGCACGUCCAAUCCCUGCCAGCAUGGUGCCACCUGCAGCGACUUCAUUGGUGGAUACAGAUGUGAGUGUGUUCCAGGAUAUCAGGGUGUCAACUGUGAAUAUGAAGUUGAUGAGUGUCAGAAUCAGCCGUGCCACAAUGGAGGCACCUGCGUUGACCUUGUGAACCAUUUCAAGUGCUCAUGCCCACCAGGCACUCGGGGCCUACUCUGUGAAGAAAACAUUGAUGACUGUGCUGGGGGUCCCCACUGCCUCAAUGGUGGUCAGUGUGUAGACAGGAUCGGGGGCUACAGUUGUCACUGUAUGCCUGGCUUUGCCGGGGAGCGGUGUGAAGGGGACAUCAACGAGUGCCUCUCCAACCCGUGCAGCUCUGAGGGCAGCCUGGACUGCAUCCAGCUCACCAAUGACUACCAGUGUGUUUGCCGAAGCGCCUUUACUGGCCGUCACUGUGAAACCUUCGUGGAUGUGUGUCCUCAGAGGCCUUGUCUGAAUGGAGGGACUUGUGCUGUGGCCAGCAACAUGCCUGAUGGCUUCAUUUGUCGUUGUCCUCCAGGCUUCUCGGGAGCAAAAUGCCAGAGCAGCUGUGGACAGGUGAAGUGCAGGAAAGGGGAGCAGUGUGUGUACAGUGCCUCGGGGCCCCGCUGCUUCUGCCCCAACCCUCAGGACUGCGAGUCAGGCUGUGUUAGUAGCCCCUGCCAGCAUGGGGGCAGCUGCUACCCCCAGCGCCAGCCUCCGUAUUACUCUUGCCACUGCUCUGAACCGUUCUGGGGUAGCCGCUGUCAAUUCUACAUGGCCCCUACCAGCACCCCUUCUGCCACCUGUACGAGUCAAUAUUGUGCUGACAAAGCUCGAGACGGUGUUUGCGACGAGGCCUGCAACAGUCAUGCCUGCCAGUGGGAUGGAGGCGACUGUUCCCUCACCAUGGAGGACCCCUGGGCCAACUGUUCCUCUCCAUUGCCUUGCUGGGAAUAUAUCAACAACCAGUGUGAUGAGCUGUGCAACACAGCCGAGUGCCUAUUUGACAACUUUGAAUGCCAAGGAAACAGCAAGACCUGCAAGUAUGACAAGUACUGUGCAGACCAUUUCAAAGACAACCACUGUGACCAGGGAUGCAACAGUGAGGAAUGUGGCUGGGACGGGCUAGACUGUGCUGCUGACCGGCCUGAGAACCUGGCAGAGGGUACACUGGUCAUUGUGGUGCUGAUGCCCCCUGAGCAGCUGCUCCAGGAUGCUCGAAGCUUCUUGCGAGCGCUGGGUACCUUGCUCCACACCAACCUGCGCAUUAAACUAGACUCACAGGGGGCCCCCAUGGUGUACCCCUAUUAUGGGGAAAAGUCAGCUGCCAUGAAGAAGCAGAGGAUAUUACGAAGGUCUCUUCCUGAUGAACAGGAACACGAGGUGGCGGGGUCUAAAGUGUUUCUGGAAAUUGACAACCGCCAAUGUGUUCAAGACUCAGACCAGUGCUUCAGGAACACAGAUGCAGCCGCAGCUCUGCUGGCUUCUCAUGCAAUCCAGGGAACCCUGUCAUAUCCUCUUGUGUCUGUCGUCAGCGAAUCCCUGACUCCAAAACGCACUCAGCUCCUCUAUCUGCUUGCUGUUGCUGUUCUCAUUAUCCUGGUUAUUAUCCUGCUGGGAGUAAUUAUGGCAAAACGAAAGCGCAAGCAUGGCUCCCUCUGGCUGCCUGAAGGUUUCACCCUUCGUCGAGACUCUAGCAACCACAAACGUCGUGAGCCCGUGGGACAGGAUGCUGUGGGGCUGAAAAAUCUCUCUGUGCAAGUUUCGGAGGCCAACCUGAUUGGUUCUGGGACAAGUGAACACUGGGUGGAUGACGAAGGACCCCAAGCAAAGAAAGCCAAGGCUGAAGAUGAGGCUUUGCUCUCAGAAGAAGAUGACUCCAUCGAUCGACGCCCAUGGACACAGCAGCAUCUUGAAGCUGCGGACAUCCGCCGGACACCGUCAUUGGCUCUCACUCCUCCUCAGGCGGAGCAGGAGGUGGAUGUGCUGGAUGUGAAUGUCCGGGGCCCAGAUGGGUGCACUCCGUUGAUGUUGGCUUCUCUCCGAGGAGGCAGCUCAGAUAUGAGUGAUGAAGAUGAAGAUGGAGAGGACUCUUCUGCCAACAUCAUCACAGACUUGGUCUACCAGGGUGCCAGCCUCCAGGCACAGACAGACCGGACUGGUGAGAUGGCUCUGCACCUGGCAGCCCGCUACUCAAGGGCUGAUGCUGCCAAGCGCCUCCUGGAUGCAGGUGCAGAUGCCAAUGCUCAGGACAACAUGGGCCGCUGCCCUCUGCAUGCUGCAGUAGCCGCUGAUGCCCAAGGUGUCUUCCAGAUUCUGAUCCGUAACCGAGUAACUGAUCUGGAUGCCAGAAUGAAUGAUGGCACUACACCCCUGAUCCUGGCUGCCCGCCUGGCUGUGGAGGGAAUGGUGGCAGAACUGAUCAACUGCCAAGCAGAUGUGAAUGCAGUGGAUGACCAUGGAAAAUCUGCUCUUCACUGGGCAGCUGCUGUAAAUAAUGUGGAGGCUACUCUUCUGCUGUUAAAGAAUGGAGCCAACCGGGACAUGCAGGACAACAAGGAGGAGACUCCUCUGUUUCUUGCUGCCCGGGAGGGGAGCUAUGAAGCAGCCAAGAUCCUGUUAGACCAUUUUGCCAAUCGGGACAUCACAGACCACAUGGAUCGUCUUCCCCGGGAUGUGGCUCGCGAUCGCAUGCACCAUGACAUAGUGCGCCUCCUGGAUGAGUACAAUGUGACGCCGAGCCCCCCAGGCACUGUGCUGACCUCUGCUCUCUCACCUGUCAUCUGUGGACCCACCAGGUCGUUCCUCAGUCUGAAGCACACCCCAAUGGGCAAGAAGCCUAGACGACCCAAUGCCAAGAGUACCAUGCCUACCAGUCUUCCUAAUCUUGCCAAGGAGGCUAAGGAUGCCAAGGGUAGUAGAAGGAAGAAGUCUCUAAGUGAGAAGGUCCAACUGUGUGAGAGCUCAGUGACUUUAUCCCCUGUUGAUUCUCUUGAAUCUCCUCACACAUACGUGUCUGACACCACAUCCUCUCCAAUGAUCACAUCCCCUGGAAUGCUACAGGCCUCACCCAACCCUAUGUUGGCCGCUGCUGCCCCGCCGGCCCCAGUCCAUGCACAGCAUUCACUAUCUUUCUCUAAUCUUCAUGACAUGCAGCCUUUGGCUCCUGGGGCUAGCACUGUGCUUCCUUCUGUGAGCCAGCUACUGUCCCACCACCACAUUGUUCCCCCAGGCAGCAGCGGCGCAGGAAGCUUGAGUAGGCUACAUCCAGUCACAGUCCCAGCAGAUUGGAUGAACCGCAUGGAGAUGAGUGACACCCAGUACAAUGAAAUGUUCAGCAUGGUCCUGACUCCUACUGAGGGUACCCACCCUGGCAUAGCUCCCCAGAGCAGGCCACCUGAAGGGAAGCACAUCACCACCCCACGGGAGCCCUUGCCCCCUAUUGUGACUUUCCAGCUCAUCCCCAAAGGAAGCAUUGCCCAGCCAGCAGGGGCUUCCCAGCCUCAGUCUACGUGCCCUCCAGCCAUUGCAGGCCCCCUGCCCACUAUGUACCAGAUUCCUGAGAUGGCCCGUUUGCCUGGUGUGGCUUUCCCCACUGCCAUGAUGCCCCAGCAGGACGGGCAGGUAGCUCAGACCAUUCUCCCAGCCUAUCAUCCAUUCCAAGCCUCUGUGGGCAAGUACCCCACGCCCCCUUCCCAGCAUAGUUAUGCUUCCUCAACUGCUGCUGAGCGAACACCCAAUCACAGUGGUCACCUUCAAGGCGAGCAUCCUUACUUGACACCGUCCCCAGAUUCUCCUGACCAGUGGUCGAGCUCAUCACCUCACUCUGCUUCUGAUUGGUCAGAUGUAACCACCAGCCCUACUCCUGGGGGUGCUGGAGGAGGUCAGCGAGGACCUGGGACACACAUGUCUGAGCCAACACACAGCAACAUGCAGGUUUACGCGUGAGUCUGCAUCCAGUGUAAAAAAGUAACUGCCUUUUGUAAAUGCUGCUGUGAAACAAAUGAAGGUCAUCCGGAAGAGAAAUGAAGAAAUCUCUGUAACCAGCUUUUGAAGUCAAGAAAAAGAAGAUGCUCCUAAGUUUCAGAUAAUGCACAAGAAACAGUUAAUCAGCUUUACUGAGUAUCUGCAGGGUUUUAGGGGGAGGACAUGGCUCCUUCUAAUCUCUUGCCCAUCCAGCCAAGUUCACAGACACGCAAGAUAGAUACAAGCCUUGGGGCCAUGUUUACUGUCUUGUUUGGAGAAUAAGAUGGAUGCCUUUUUAGCCCAGACAUUUUUGCAGUUUGGACUACAUUUUAAGCCCUGAGGGCUUCUGUAUAUCCAUGAGAAGAUUCUACACUAGAGUUAAUUGGGGAUUGUGCCCUGGAAUUCUGCCCGAGUUGACCUCUCACAUCUUCUCAGCCUUGGAAUUCUUUUGACUGCAUUUGGUGUUUUCCUUUGUGCACCUCUCAAUGGUUGGACACCCACCACCAGCCUAUGGUGGGACAAGACCUUUGUUCUUUUAAGCAUCUUCAGCCUUACUUUCCUCUCCUAUUUUCUUCACAUCCUUAGGAGCCUCCCAUGGUUUACCUUGGAUUUGAUUCUUAGUGUAAACCCUCAAAUAUGUUUCUGUAGAAAAUGGACAUGUUGCACUCUACACAUAUCAUUCCUAGGAGAAAGAGCAAAUAUUUUUCUUUGGAUCAGUAUCUGGAGCAGGAGAUCCCUUCAAGAGGCUGCAUGUUAAUUCUAUUUCCUGCAUUCAAGACUUCAUAUAAAGCUUACCAGAAGGAAAGAUACAUGCCAAUUGUUUGUUUAUUUGUUUGUUUUUUUGGCUUGAUCUGUGUAAAGUUUUAUUCUUUGUUGCCUGGAUACUAUGAUCUUUUUAAACCAGAAAAGGAGAAGAGUUAGAUGUUGGAAUUACCAAGAGAUAAACUAACUCAUGCAAGAAGCAGUUACUAUCCAUAGUUCCCCCUUGUGCCAAGCAUUCCAUGACUGCCACUGUGAAACACAUUUGUCCUGGAUCUCCGAACUCUAGGCCUGCUUUCCUCACUCAUCCUUAUGAAGUUAGUCAUAGCUGUUGAGCCUUUCUGUACAUCUCCACAGAAGAAAAAGUCUCAAACAACAUAUCCUUGCCAUGUAGGAUUGAACCUUCUUUGGCUCAAGAAACCCAGUGACAGCCAUCUUCCUUUUGAUCAUAGUUUCUACUUCCUGAUUUUCUUCCAGAGCAGAAACCUAUUUACAGCUUCCCUCUGCACUGUGAUCUGAGUUACUGGUGUACCCAGUAAGUUCUGAAUGAAGACAUGGAUUUUCUAUUUCCAGAAAAUGGAAAAUUGGACUUCUGUAGGGUGCACUAUGAGGCAGCCUUUAGUAGUUUUUGCUACUCUUCUUUUUCAUCUGAAACAGUAAAGACAUUCCUCUUUUCGCAACUAACAUUGAAACUUAACAGGGACUUUUUCCUUUCCCAGAGGCUCGUGGAUGAUAAUGGAUUAAAGACUUGCUUGUCACUGUCUCCUUUACAUUCAGAUUACGAUUGCACCUUACCCGAAUCUGUUCUCUUGACAGUUUCCUCAGCUCUGUCAAGAACAGAAACAUUUUAGUUAACUGUGGGAACAGGAAAAUAGUGUUCUUCCUCUUCUCCUUGAGUCAAUUAAUAAUUGGUCCUAUGGCUAUGUUGUCAUUUCCAUCGGUACUGUUAUGCCCAUGACAUCUGGAAAUUAGUUUUGUCAGGGCAUUUUGUAUACAUUAUUAGUAGAUGUAUUGCCUGUCUUAUUUUGGUUCAAUGAUGAUCUUCAUUCCUACAAUGUGUGUGUGUGUACACCAGUGCUUCCCACCUGUCUGUCUGUGUGCACACCCAUGGGAGCCAUGUCUUGGCAUGGUAGUCUACAAAGAGUUCUCUUCAGUCUCUUUCAACUUCAUUGAACAGCAAAAACUAGUUCUGCUCUGAUGUACGCAGAUUGUUUACUCAUUCUGUUUUAUUCUCUGCGUGGCGCCCCUGUUACAGUGUGUAAACACAGUCAUUCUAAAUGAUAACUCUUUACCCUGGAGUCCCUUUACAACUCCCAGAUGGGGAGAAGCCCAUGAACAACUCUGGAAGAUGCUGCAUCGCCCCUUGCUUCCUUUCUGUGCCAGCGCCACUGCCUGAAAAGAUCAGCAUGCGCUUCAAACACUGAAUCUUUUAUACCCCCCCCCCACACACACACACAGUGUGGGACUAAACAGCAUAUUUUUCCUUCUUGGGAUACUUUUAUUUGACUUAUUUGGGUUUGGGGCAGUGGAGUGUGAAAAAGCUGCCAUUACAGACAGCUGACUCCAGUGAUAAGGAAGAUGACACUGCCUCUUAAAAGUAUUUUGCCAAUCUCUUAGAUCUAAAGCACCAUGGAGUUGUGUAGUAUCUAAUAAAAGGGAAGGGAAGAUAGAGAAUCACUUUCUCAUUUGGGUUCUUAAUUGGAUACUAAGUUUUUGUGGGUUGUAUCUUUUAUGCCAUGCAUAGAUCUUUCCAUUUUUUUAAAAAAUAAAUUCUUCCUUUCUUUGAAUCCUCUUUGCCUACCUUUAAGGAUAGGUAUUUGUUCGUUUGUUCAUUUGUUUUAAGCAUCAUUUUCUGAUUUACAUGAAGGUGGGGGAGGGAGAGGUUUGAGGGAGAGACAGACUGAGCGUUAAAGAUUUUAACGUAAGCAGCUGUGACACUCAAGCCUAUUUUAUCAUUUUAUUGUUAAAAUAUGUCAGUUUGUAAUUUCUGCAUAGAAAAGAACCAAAGGUGUAUUGUUUUAUUGGCAUGUGGUUUGGGGACUUGGGCCUUAACCAAUACAUUGAAUGUAUGAUGACUUUAGGAGGACACAUUUGUGGCCUGAGGCCCUCACCAGUAACUUUUUGGUACUAUGGCAACUUCCUAGUGUACAUUUCUCUUAAAGUGAUACUAUAUCUGUUUGUAUGAGAAACCUAGUAAUCAAUAAAAUGACUGCAUAUUCCUGACUAAGGAAAGUGCACACUUUGUUUUUACUUUCCAAAAUUUCAUUCUAAAAGUAGUUAAGAUGAAAUUUAUAUAAAAGCAUUUUUAUCACAAAAUAAAAAGGUUACAUGUCAA